AUGGUGAUCAAAAUUAUGCACGCCCAGAUUCUGUCGAAUCCUCUCCGUGGCUCAAUGGCACGGCGAGCUUGGAAUGGCACGCAGAGGAUGCUGCUGCAACAAAGCCCAACGGCUCUAGCAUCUAGGGCAAACCAACGGCCGACCUCGUGGGAGAACCGAACUCACCUCUAUCAAGGUGGUCGACGAAACCAAACUUCCCAAUGGCGGCCAAUCUCUUCGCAUCAUCAGCCAAAGGAUUCUCAUGCGUCCUCUGGCUUCGCAGGGGACGCAAAUUCGGCGUUUGAAGUCGGCAAAGCACCGCCCGUCAGUCAACUCCAAGCCUCCGCAACAGAGCUACCAUCUGUGGCAGAGGGCCGCCGCAGCGAUUUGAACCAAAGGUUCAGCCAGGUCAUGGACAAUGUUCAAGCCCGAGUUCUCACAGCGUCUCAAACGCUCAACGACAUAACUGGCUACUCUGCCAUCGAGGCGAUCAAGAAAGAAAACGAAGCCCUGGAAAUGCAAUUAUCGGAAGCUCACGCCAAAGUCCGUAGCGUCCGCCAGGCGUACAAGACGUCCAACACGAAGCGAGCCACUACGCAGCGCGAAGUUACUACACUGCUGGCGCGGAAGGACACCUGGUCCCCGGUCGACUUGGAACGAUUUACCGAGCUGUAUAGAAUAGACCAUGUUCUGGAGGGAGAAGUGUCCGCGGCGCAGGAAAGCCUAACCGAGGCGGAAGCUGAGGAGCAGAGUCUCAGUCAACGCCUGAAUGCGGGGAUCUUGAAGCGUUACCACGAAGAGCAGAUAUGGAGCGACAGAAUACGUCGGGCCAGUACAUGGGGGACGUGGGGCCUUAUGGGCAUGAAUUUCUUGCUCUUUGUGGUAUUGCAGUUCUUUGCGGAGCCUUGGAGGAGAAAGAGGCUUGUCAAGGGCGUGGCCGAGGAAGAGAAGCGUGUUCUAGACCAAGUUCGCAACGAGUUGGAGCUUGUUCGGGCGACACUGGCGAAGCAAGAAAGAUCUUUCCCGGAAGUAGAAACCGAGGCUCUGGCUGGCAAGCCUGCCGACCCCGACGUGACUUCUCCUGCUCCACCAGGGGUGGCAUGGAGAGACAUUGUCAUGGAACCGGCGCGUUUGAAAACUGCCGCUGCAGAUUUAUGCAGCGAGAGGAAGAUUGACUUGCGGAUGAAGGAUGCGUCUGCCUUGGUACUGCAAGGCGCUUUGGCAGGUGCGGCCGUGGCGGGGAGUAUCGCCAUGUUUCUCUUGAGAAAAACAUGA